AGACCAACAGUCGGGGACGCACUGACCUCUGGCGGCGCUUUCCAGAAAAGCAGAUUUGCUCAAGAAGGCUUUUGUUUUCAUAUGUUUGGCACUGUACUCUUUAAAGUAAGGGAGGAGCAUGGAGAGAAACCAGCCAAAGAUAUAUCACCACUGAAGUGUGAUACACCAUUCAUACAUGCAAAUCAAGGUUUGGUAAUAUAAACAACCCUGUGUGGAUAUGCCUCCAGCAUCAGCAACACAGGGAAUGACCCCUUAUCCAGACAGAGGUUUGGGCUUUAAUUUGCUGCUGGGAACUGAGUAUGAAAGGAAGAAAAAGAAACUUCAGCAGGAGCUUCAGCUGGACUACAAAAAUUAUGUUGCCAAGAAAAAUAGUCUGAAAACUAGUGAACCUCGUCUACAAACCCAAGGCCUCUCCCUACCUAUUGAUGAGAAGAUAUCAGUUCAGGAAAAACUAAGAGAGGAGAGAAAAAAAGAAUACAACCUCUUCCUACAGGACCAAGUUCAAAUCAGAAGGGUAAAGAGGAGACCAGCUCCUGUCACAUCAAAGCCUGGACAGAUUCAAGCUUCAGAUGCUGGGUGCAUUUCUUGUCCAGCUUCUCCUCUGCCCGUCCUCAGCACCCAUACAAACAUACUCCCUCCUCCUAGGGAGCGUGCUGUAUCCAGGAGAGAUGCUGCCACUCUGACAGAGGCAGUGGAUAAUGGACAAAGCACAAGGACUUGGGGUCUAGGCCAACGGGGGCGAAGGCGUUGGCAGCUCUAUGGACCAAAGCAGCAGUAUAGCUCUGACGAGGAGCUGAUCACAGACAAAGAGGAGGAGUUGGAGUUAAGACACAGGAGGAGGCAAGACAGCCACACUCCAGUGCCUGAGUACAAAGAGGAGAGGAGAACCAGAGAACGCAGAGCUAACAGAGCUCAUCAGGAUAAAAAGGAGGUGGAGGCCCCUGGUGUUCUAGAUCAGAACAACAAUGAAUGGGUUUGGAAGUCAGAUCCACAAAUGCUAGACAGCAUGAGGACUGCUGCAAAAUCUAGACCUGCUACCAGCAAGGAUAAAACAGAGUUUGCUACUGGACUAAUGAUUGCAUCACAAGUGACAGUACGAGAAGAGCGGGCGGCAUCUCAGAUGAGGAAAGAACAGUAUAAGCAGGAGCUGCUGAAACAAAUUGCUGAACAGCAGAGGAACAAGAUCAGGGAGAAGCAGCUUGAGCUGAGGGUUGCUGCUACUGGAGCCACAGACCCUGAGAAAGAGCCUGACCGAAUUAAGCAGUUUGGGGCUGGAAGCCGGCAUUAUGGCCGCUGGAAACGAGAUGUCCCUUACAAGCCCGGAAUAGAUCUAGAGGCUGUGGGGAAGGACCCAAAUCCAAGGCCUAAAGAUGACAAACCGACUGAGGCCACAGAACGAAGAGCGCCCCCAGGAAAGUCCCAUGUGGACUACAGUACAGCUGUCAGUCAGGUUACAGGGAAGACAGUGCCUGCACAAGGUGUCCCCUCGCUGGACUAUAUUAAUGAGGACUACCACAGGGACUUCUCAAAUAUGCUAGGAAAAGUGGCCGUCCCGAGGGUUGCUGAUGGUCCUCCUCCUGUUCCACCUACUGUAGAUAAUAAUUACAAGACUCCAUACGAUGCAGCUUAUUACUACUAUGGAACGAGGAAUCCUUUAGAUCCUAAUCUUCCCUACAAUCAGAACGGUGUGCCUGGAGGGGUGCAGCAGUCUGGGAAUUUCCACAUUCCCCCUCAAAGGCCACCUGCUCUCAGACCCAGUGGCCGCACUGAGUCCAUCCUACCAUCUUUAUUUUUAGCAAGUGAUCAGCAUAGAGCAUCUCCCCUGGUCGCUGGAGAGCUUUCUGCAGACAAGACCAAGAGAAGAGAGAGUGCACUGAGCUACCAAGAAGCGCUCAGACAGCAGAUCAAAGAAAGAGAGGAGCGUAAAAGAAGAGAGAAAGAAGAGAAAGAGCAAUAUGAUGCCAAGAUUGAGGCCGAGAUGAUGGAGUACAACCCCUGGGGCAGAAGUGGGGGAGGUGCUCCAAUUAAAGACCAAAAAGGCAACCUUGUUAGUGACCUGAAUCAAAUGCACAGGAUUAACGAGGAGUCAUAUAGGAAUCCUGUGUCCAGGAAUAGUGUACAGACUCACAGCCUUUUGAGGAGGAAUGAACACAGUCCUGGAGCUGAAGCCAGGCCUCCCCUCUCCCAUAGACUGUCAGGUUUCACUGAGCAGCUAACUCCACAGCAGCUCCACAUGCAGGGGAAAUACAAAGAAGCCCUAAAACAACAGAUAGAGGAAAACAAGCGAAAGCAGGAAGAGGAGCGAGAACGAAUGAGGUGUGAGGAGGAGAAAGAAGAGAAGCGUCUGGAAGACCAGAGGGCUCGCAUACAGCGGGAAUAUGAGGAGGAGCAAAGGAAGCAAAAGAAGGCUGUGCACAGGCAGGAAGACCAAAGCUGGAACCAUGAACCUAAAACACAACACCAGGAGGUGGAAAGGAGGGUGAGACCGGAACAAGAUAUUGAAAAGAAGGCACCUGAGAGUGUGAGGGGCAGAGAGGAGAAAAGGGCACAGUUAAGUUAUGAGCGAGAGCCAUCUCCUCCCAUCCCUACCUUGCAAAAGAAGCAGACAAUAGUGGUGGUUUCCAGACCUUCCUCUGGUGUGAGCCAACUUUCCUCCAGGACUGAGCGCUCUGUGUCAGCACCACACUACCGAACCGUUCCUGUGAAAAUACCCCAGCUACAAGAUGGUCAGCAGGAAGUGUUUAGAGAGCUGUCAGCCCUCCGUAGAUAUCUGAGGAAAGAGCAGAGACAACUGGAGGUUCAGCUGGGCCAGACAGAUCGACAGGAGAGUCACUACACUCCCCCCAGGCCCAGAGGACGACCCAGAGCAGAUGCCUUUGAUUCAAUGCACAAGCGAGCUGUCCAGCCAUCAACCAGGAGUCCUUCCCCUGGUGCUGCACAUGUUAAUAUGCAAAAUAUCAGGGAGUUCAGCCAGCUUAAAUACAAAGACACAGCAUCUCGUGAGGAGGUCCGUCGCAUGUACCCUGAUGUUCCCACUGACGCACAAAGUCUGGACAUCCAGCAACAGGCACUUCUCCGUGAACAACAGCGCAAAAUCAGGCUUCUGAACAGAGAGGAAGAGCACGACUUUUUGGACCAGCAACUGAGCCACUACCGUUCUAGGAACAAACCUGGGUGCUACAUCCACAGAGACUCCACACUGCCAUCUGAGACUGCUUUUAUUGAUGUUUACAGUGGUGAUGCAUGUGAGGAGCAGGUUCAUCAGCAGAGACCCCCUCAGUCCUCAGCAGAGCAACGGGAGAGGUCAGCCCCCCGGAGGAGACAUGACUAUGAUGUGGCUGUGUCAAGGGAUCAGAGGGGCCGUAACAUCCAGCCAGAUGCUUUGCAGCCGGUGACGAGCUCGAUCCUUGAGUCUAAACUCAGGGCCCACGACCAGCAUCGCAUCACAAGACAAGACCUUAGCACUGGUGAUCACAACAGCAGAUCAGAGGGGCUGUCUGGUGAUGAAGUGGAUGUCUUGUCUCUGUAUUCUGCCCUGGAGAGGCGUGUCUCCGUGGAGACUGUUGCCACAGAGCCCUGGCUGCGGCCUGGCACGUCAGAUGCUGUAAAACGCUCAGACAGUAGGGAGAAGCCAAACAGCAGGAUGGAUGCUCCACCCAGGCUGACACAUUGCAUCACAUAGCUUCCAUUAUGUGGUGUCCAAGGAUGGGAAACUGCACUGAGAGGGACUAGUCCUUUGUUUGGAUGAGGGUGGUGGUUCUCCUGAGAAUGAACAAUCAUUGCUGUGUGUUGCUUUAAUCACUUUCCACUGACCAACAUAUUAACUGUGGGAGUUGGUUAGCUUACAUAGCUUCAAAAGCUUGUUAGAGACCAGAGUCUGCCUGUAAAAAUAUUAACGCCUUCUACUUGAGACAAGAACCAUCUUACUCAAGACUCAGUUUGGCUAGUUUCUCUUAUCAUGAAAAGUGCACUUUUUAUCCUGCAAUACAGAAUUAACAGCUUAGAGCUUAGCCCGUUUUGUAAGGUGUAUAUCUGUGAAUAUACUAUAAACAUAUGUACAUGUGACUUUAGUUAUAAAUAUACAUUGGACAGUUUAUUUUAUAAUAAAAAUGUUAUUAAUUGAAUGUUGUCCUGGCUCAUCAUUAAUGGAGAAA